AUGUUAUCCAUGCGAUUCCAGCAACACAUAUUCUCUGUUGAAAUAGCCAGCGAAGAUCAUGUAAGGAAGAUUCUUUCUCGAUCUAUGCUUCUAAAAGCUGCAUACUUCUAUAUGUUCUCUGCUAGUUCCUAUGAAGAACUAUGCAAGGAAGUCACGGAGCACGUAGAAGCAUUCAAGGUAUUUGAUUGCGCUGACCAAUCGUUUAGUGUGAACGUGCGAUCAAUUGGACGCAAGAAGGGCGUAAACUGCCUGGGAGUUGCUGAGAAGUUCGCUUCGAUACUCCCACUUUUCACUUCUCCUGUAGACUUGAAAACUCCUCAUAACGCGUUCUAUAUUCUGGAGGAGUUCCCUAAUGCCUGUGAUUCGGAGCCUCAACGACUUUUCUUCGGUAGAUUGAUUGGAGAUGGUCAAUCCAAAUUGAAGUCCCUAUAUGAUAUCAAAACAAGGCGAUACAUUGGAAAUACAACGAUGGAUCCGGAACUCGCAUUCAUUCAGAUCAACAUCACUUCAGUUACUGCGGACGAUCUGGUGUUAGAUCCGUUUAUGGGAACAGGUGGGCUGUUGCUUCCGGCUGCUGAAUUUGGUGCUUAUACGAUGGGUACUGAGAUUAAUUACCAAAUAGCCAAAGCGACUGGAAAAUCCUCGCGCCAUGAUAUGUUAACGCGAUCCAAAGAGGAGAGCGUGAAGGCUAACUUUGAGCAGUACGGAACGGAACGGUACUACCUCUGUGGUCUACUCGCUGAUGCUUGUUGGCACAAUUUGUGGGCAAGACCUGUGUUCAACGCUGUUGUUGCAGAUCGUACGUAUCGUAUUAAUAUGUUCCCUCCGCUGUGGGUGGAGAUGAAGUUUCUGCGAAUAAUAGCUUCAUUUGCAUCCCGUUUUUGUCCUGACAUGGUACAAUCGAAGAUGUUUACAGCACCCUACGGUAUACGAGAGAAAGGACGAAAAAUCGGGAAGAAGCCAAGAAAAGAGCAAUGGAUAUCGAACGGGAGUGAACAUGAAUACCACUUCCCCGAGAAACAACCCUACUCUUUGGAGAAAACAUUCACAGACCUAUGUGAUCUCGCUGCCAAAAUACUUGUUGUCGGAGGUAAACUAUCGUUCUGGUUUCCGGUAAUACGUGAAAGGCGACUAUUGGUCUAUAGAAAACAUCGGGAGCCAGAACCAGGAGAACAUUCAUGGUAUCCAGCAAAUCACUAUGAAAACGGAACAUUUCGCGACAUCACCUUUGCGCCGAAACAGAUGUCUUAG